AUGGGAGUACGCAAAGUCCUGCAGAUCUUGUCGCUAUUAUUGUUGGGAAAGUCGAAGGAGAGCCCAGCCUCGGGGACCUCUAGCUCAAACAGGACUCGCUCCGAGCGGGGCUCUGGGAGCACUAUAUCCUCAGAUUUAUCGCAUAGACCUUGGCCCUGGCACAGGUCAAAUGAGUCUGGUCCUUCUGCACAGUCAGACUCGUCAAUUUACAUCCGCCACGCACCAGCGACAAAGCGGUGGAAGCGGCUGAUAUCUCACAUCAGGUUCCGUCACGUCUUGAUGGGUUUGAUCACAAUCAGUGUUGUCUUUUCUUGUUGCACAGCUGUUGGACUUCGAAACAUUUACCUCCUGUCAUUAUCCUACAGCAAUAGCAAUGAAGCGCGUCAGAAUAAUGUUUUGGUUGCUCUUGAAUCUGCCGUCGGUAACGCAACUAAUUCCCUGGAAGUCCGUGUGGGGUUCAUAGGCAUUUGUGUGAACUUGCCCUUGGGGUGGACAUGCUCGUCAAAUGCCAGAACCGUGGCCAAUAGAGCCUCCGAACUAUCAAUGAGCAGCCAAAGGAACGAAUCAGAGUCAUAUGAUCAGCUUGGUCUGAUUGAUGUUGGCAGGAAAUUUAGGGAUGAGGUUAUGUUCGAUGGACUCCUGUUCGUGGCUAUAGGCUGCAGUCUGAUCGCCUUUUGCUUGUUGUACACCUUCUCGCCUGCACAUUUGGGCGAUGAUUUAGAAACACCGGAAAUAUAUGAGCAGUCUUCCAAUAGCGAGAGGAGAGACGCUCGGGGACGUGCCAUUAAAAGAAAACAUCCAGUACCCGUCAUACGGCAGAUGGUACUUUGGUUCACCUUGGUCGCCGCUGUCAUGUCAUUGCUUUCGGUGUUCUGGCAGCACUUGGGGAGCGCAGGAGUGGCAACCAUGAUAAGAGUUCUAGCGGCCGGAGAAAUCAAGACACAUCUUGGUUCUGUCUCAAUGGGGCUAGGCUGGACCACGGUGGUAAUUAAUGCUGCUGUUUUCCUGGGGUGGCUACUCAUGAUCCUCAGCAUUAGGAUCUUGUCGCAAUUAUCGGAUUAG